GACUCAAUAUUAGUAGUAUAGUACAUGUCUACUUGGAGCGCUGUUUUCAAUGCAGGAUAUGAGAAAGAUUUAUUUCAAACAUCAUAUAGUACAUACUGACCAUUUUACUGUAUUGGAGUAUUGGAGGAGUAUCGAAUAUACACAAAUAAUAAGAAUAGGAGAAGGAAGUCUACGGGAGGAUUAGAUCCGUAUCGGAAGCAUUCGAGAAAUUGUAACAAUUAAUUUUAUCUCAGAAUGGUUUUAAAUCGCAACAAUAAGAGGAAGAGAAAGCAAGGCGAUUUAGUCGAUCUUAUGGAGCCACUCUCAGAAUCUCCGAAAAGGACUAAAGUUCAUGCACAGAGAAAGUUUGCUCAAGGUGCAACUACAGUAUUUAAUACAUCAUCUACACUUAUCAAGGACAAAGAGAAAGUGAAACCUGCCAUGAUCACAGAAUUAAUAACUCACAAACGUCCAAAUACCGAGGACUUUCUAACAUUUUUAUGCUUCAGAGGUACAUCUAUUUUACCGCCUAAUUUAAAUUUCUUUAAUAUUGGCAACAAGAAAGAGAAACAGGAAUUUAAGCCUGUUCGAACUUCUAUCGAGAAAACCUUUUCUGCUUCUGUAGAAAUUCAAAAGCAAGAAAAUAUGUAUAGCCAGAAACAUAUGACAAAAGUAAAACCUAUUGUUUCGAAUAAGAAAAAAAUACCCAGUACGUUACACAAAAGUAUUACCAAGCUUAAGACAGCGACGUCUACAGUCCAAGCUCUUAAAAAGAAAUACCAGGAACAACGUCUUGCUAAGCAAAGAAUUAAAAAUAAAUUUAAAACCACAUGCGUUAUGAGAACAAGAUCAUGUACAGAGAGAUCUGUGUUGAAGAGUGGUCUUCAGUUGGCACCGCAAAAAUUCUUAUCUAGAAUUACAACAAAGAGACAUGGUUUGAGAAGCGGUGUGCUGCUGGAUAAAACUAAGAAACCCUUAUCAAAAAUGAAAGUUGCACUACCUAAAUCAAAAAAGAAAGUAAAAUUAAAAAGUAGUGAUAUAUUAAAUACGGAUGUAUCAUCUGAAGAAGACAAUGACGGUCAAGACGAUGAAAAGAAAGAAUUAUCUGUGGAGAAGUCAACAUCGCAGAUAAAACGCAACAUACAAAAAGGCAUUCCAAAAAAGAUUUGUACUAGAAGUAAAUCAGAAAUGAAGAGAGUUACAAGAUCGUCCAGUGGCACAGUCUCUUCGCAAAAUCUUUCUAGAAGACCCACCAGAAAAACGAAAGAAGCAGCUGCUGUGUAUAUGGAGAUUCUGGGAAGAAAAUUAGUGAGCCCAGAUUUAGAGAAUGACGAUAACGCUUCAGUCGAAAGUUUUCCUGAACUGCCAAAUGCUCGUAGAAUAGCGCAAACGGAGAAUGAGCUUAAAGCCAAAGUAAAACAGACUAGUACUAAAACUAUUACUAGUACUAAAACUAGGGAUUCUAAAGUCACCUCUUUUAACAGCGCUAAUAAACGAUUGGAUAAAAGCAAAAAUAACAAAUUGAUUUUAAAGAGUAAACGUUUAAUGAGAAUACAGAGAUAUUGUGAAGAGGAUAGCGAUGAAGAAUCUGAGAGUUCAAUGGAAACAAAUAAUACAAGACCCAUUACCAGACAAAGUCUUGGAAAAAUUGACAAACCAAUUAGUAGGAGUCUCAGAUCAUCCUCAAAAAAUAUAAAUGUAUCGACAGAAAUACAAAAUAACACAAAUAGCAAAUUAAGAACUCAAGUUCAAAGUUGUGCGAAAUUAGCUAAAGAAAAAUUUGUGAUGAAACGUAAACGCGAGCAAAAUGUAUCUAAAACAUUAUCAGAGAAAACUAACGAAUCAAAUGAGAAAAGCCUUAAAAAUGAUCAAAAUGAAAAGGCGGAAUCCGAAGAGGAAACAUUGGGAAUGCUACUUACUAAAAUAAAAAAGAAGAAAGAAACCGAGGAGGAGGAAAGGCAUAUCUCAAAUGUUAGCAAUAUAAAAAAUAGUAAGACAACUCGUGACAACGUGCAAAAUAUGAAAGCGGAUCUAUCAAAAGUAUCGGACGAUGAGGAAUCUUUUCGUGGGUUUACCAAGAAGGCAAUAUCGAAGGUUUUGAAUUCAUAUCAGACACAUGCCAAUGUUAAUCUAUUAAUUACAGAAUCUGAUGAAAAGUUGAAUUUGUCCAAAACAUUGGACCUAUCGCAAACAACGAAUCAAAAUAUCGUUUCAUUGGAAAGUAAAGUUGAAACGUCACCGGUCAAAGCUGGUUCUCCAAAUUCGCUAAACGACGAAUGCAGUGUAUCUGUGCAGGAUCAAAAGUCAAUAUUAGAUUUGUCUGCAAUUGAAACGCAAAAUGCAUUUUUUUUAUCAAUGAAAAACAAAUGUAAUCACGAGAACGAGGUUUCUUCCAACCAUAUGCCAUUGUCAACUCUGCAUAUAAGAAAAGAACGAGUGAACAUGUCUACCGAACAGAUAGAAAAGUGGUUGAAUGAAAGUUCACUUGCCAAAGAAGAGAGUAAAUUGGAAAUGGAAAAUGUUUCUAAUUUUAAAUACGAUUCUACGGAAAAGUUGAAAGCAGAUGUCUCGCAUUUGUCUAUUUCGACGAAAAUUCAGCAUCUAGUACGUCCAGUCAACGUUACACUUUCAAAAUUAUCAGAUAAGAUGAAUUCGAAAGAUCGCACAGGGAUAUACAAUAAAAAUAUAGCACCAGUAGCAUCUGAUACGUAUAAUACUGAAGCAAAACAGCAAAAUACAAUUACCAAUAAAAAUAAGAUCAUUAGCGAGAUGAAAGAUAUUACAAUCAAUAUUAAGAAUAAAACUCAGAAGAUAAGUAAAGAUACUUUUCCAGUUGAUGAUGUUAGCGAUACUGUGUCCAAAUCAGAUCAAAACUCAGUAGACAGUUCUAUAGAGAAAAAAUCACCGACAGAGAAAAAAAUAUUUCAACCGCGGAAGCCUUUUCUACCUAAGGUUAAAGAACGUAAGACUGUAACGAAUGCAAAUGCGUUUUCGCCAGAGAAUGAAAGCAGCGUUUAUGCGUUCGAAAGUGACACCGAGGUUCCUGUUAGUACACCCUUCAGACGAAAAAGUAAGGACAAUGUUAAACAUUUGAUUGCAAUAACGCCCACGAUAACUGCAGUGUCCAAAGAAGCCAAAGUAACCAAAGCAAUUGUUGAAAAUAAAUCGAAUUUUAAGAAUGAUUUUGAAAUGUCAGACAGCAAGGAAAAGUCAUCGAACAAUUCUGUUACGUCCACGAAUAAAGAACAGGAGACACAGGAGUCGAUGAACAUAGCGAAUACGAUUCCAAACAUGAACAAAUUUGAGCUACCUAAAAAUUUUGCAAGUUUAACCAGUGUUCAAGUAUUACCUCUCGACAAGCUUACGACGAGCUGGAGCAAUGUAAAUUGCAGCGCUUCUAUAGCAGUGCAAGUAAAUCUUGACAAGACUACGCAAGAUCAAGAAAGUGAUGUAAAUCAACAAAAAAGUACUGAGAUAUCCACUCAGACUGAAAUGAGUAAUGAGAAUGAUGAUGAUAAUGACGGACAGCUAUUUUACAUUCCAUUACAGACCGUUACAAGAAGCGGUCCGAAUCUGGUACAAGGUCAACAGUUGAUACAGGGUGUGGCUGUUAAACUCGGCACCGAAGGACCGAAUGGUUCUAAUCAAAGGGUACUCCUUCGGGCUAAAUUGGUUACCAAGCCACCGUUAACCGUGGCACGUUGUCCACCGAUAGGAACGGUACAACCGACAACCCGUACCCUGCCCAAUCCUAUGGCGAUCACGAUGGAACAGCAAAUACCAUCGACAUCAACAGUCACAACUGUGUCAACUACGACAGCAAAUAUGUCGAAUGCAGAAACGCAACCGACAUCACCAGCAAAAAGCGAAGUCUCAAUAUCAAGUUUAAGUCGUCAAAAUAUUAGUAUGAGCGCGAACAAUUUAGAAAAACUGAAGUCACCGAAGUCAUCGAGGGAACGAAAAGCUUCUAUAGAUUCGACAAAAAGUGGAAAAAGAACACAAGUAAAAUACAAACAAAAGGGAUCAGAGCUAUACUCUUUAAGCAAUAAUACAAUAUUUCCAAAUGGGAAAACUGCGAAUGAUGAAAUUCGCGUGAUCGAGGCGCCAACAUUCUAUCCUACAGAGAAAGAUUUUCAGGAUCCGUUGGAGUAUAUAGAUAAAAUAAAGUCAAUCGCUGAAAAAUUUGGGAUAUGUAAAGUUGUACCGCCACAAAACUUCAAACCAGAAUGCAAGGUAUCUGAUGAUAUGAGAUUUACUGCUUACAAUCAAUAUGUACAUCGCAUGCUCCAUAGAUGGGGUCCUAACGUAAAAGAAAUGAUGGCUAUCAAAAAAUAUUUAGCAACUCAGAGUAUUACUUUGACUCAACCUCCAUGGAUUGGUGGAAUGGAAGUUGAUUUGCCUCACUUGUAUCAAACAGUUCAAAGUUUAGGUGGGUUAAAAGAAGUUAUUGAAAAGAAAAAAUGGCAGAAAGUAGCAGAUGGCAUGAAAAUACCAAAAUCAGCACAAGAUCGUAUUACUAAACUAGAUGAUAUUUAUUGUAAAUAUUUAUUGCCAUACGAUACGUUAUCUACAGAGGAACGUGAAAAAUUAUUUGAUGAAGUUGAGAUGGAAUGGAUGAGAAAAGAAAGCAAAACUUUGCAAAGGCAAGAGAUGCCGUCCAAUGAUAAUGAUGAUGAAGAGGAAGAGGACAGUUCUGAUGAAAUCGAGGAAUGCAUUGUAAAAGGAAGAAAUAUGCCAUUGAAUGCUUUUUAUCGAAUCGCUCGUAACACGCAACGUAUGUGGUUUGGCGAAAAUCAACGAGGAAACGAAGCUGAAGGUGCUUCUGCCGAUGAAGUAGAGAGUGCAUUUUGGAAACAUGUCGCCGAGAGAAAACGUCAUGUCUGCGUACAUGCAGCGAGUAUCGAUUCAAGUGGUCGUGGGUUUGGGUUUUCCGUUGCCAAAAACAGUCCAUUUGCUAGACAUCCUUGGAAUCUUAAAGUUCUCACUAACAAUGCUGGAUCAGUAUUGAGAGCUUUGGGUCCCCUAAUGGGUGUCACUGUACCGACAUUGCAUGUAGGUAUGUUAUUUAGUGCUUGUUGUUGGUAUCGCGAUCCACACGGUCUACCAUGGAUAGAAUAUCUACAUACAGGAGCUAAAAAGAUUUGGUAUGGUAUUCCCGAUGAAUAUAACAACAAUUUCCGGGAAGCGCUCUCGAAAAUGGUACCACAGUAUUGUAAAAAUAAAACUAUAUGGUUACCUUCUGACACUGCUAUGGUUCCACCAGAAUUAUUAGUGAGCAACGGUGUGCCAUUAUGCCAGAUUGUACAAGAGCCUGGGCAGUUUAUAAUAGUAUUUCCGAAAGCGUUCACGUCGAGCAUAUGUACUGGUUAUGUAGUAUCUGAGAGUGUAUAUUUUGCACAAUCAUCCUGGUUAGAAACCGCUGAACAAGUAUUUAAGGACAUACAAGACAGUUGCGAACCUUCUAUCUUUUCAUUCGAAAAAUUAUUAUUUAAUAUUAUUAAUGAUACAAGAUCUCACAUAGAUAUAUUGAAACAGAUAUUGCCAAGUGUAAUGAAGAUUCGUAAAAAGGAAUUAGAUUAUCGUAAACAAUUGGAAAACAUAGGUCUCAUCAAUAAAAAAAGAUUACCUUUACCAGAUAAUGGAAAAGGGAAAAGAGGAAAAAUGAAAGAAGAUGAUGGCGACUUUGAAUGUGAGACUUGUAGAGCUAAUUUAUUUGUCUCUUUAGUAAAUAAUUCGCAAGACGACAGCGUUUAUUGUUUGCCGCAUGCAUUGCAUUUAAUCAAUCAUAAAAAGCAGGUUUUGAAAUAUUGUACUCUGAUGUAUACAUAUGAUGAGGAUGAAUUAGAUGAAUUGAUUCACAAACUGGAAUAUAGGAUUGAAGCCAAAUCUAGAAAAGCUAACCAAAUAAAGCAAAAUAAGCAAUAAUAUAAAGAAAGAUAAGUCUUAUUUUCUUUAUAAAAGUUAUCGUUAUUUAUUAAUCUAUUAUUGCACAACUAGAAAAUAUGAUUAUGCUCGCUUAUUGUAAUAGAAAUGUGUAUAAAAUUUUAUUUAUUUAGUACCUAAUAGGACAAAUAUAGUAUAAUGAGAAAUUGUAAAAAAAAUACAUGUUAUUAUAUGGGUUAUAUG